AAUACCAAAGUGUUUGUUUAUCAUAGAGGCAGAACGUGACUACACAAAAAACUCAAUAAAGAUUGGCUUGACUCUGAAUUCUUGAGGAAGAACACGGAAAAAUCGAUUUUUAUUAGCGCUCAAGUUUUACAACCUGACUAAUACAAACAUGCAGAUUUGUGUUUUUUCACCAUGAGCCAUUAUUCAUUACUAUCAAUAAAAAACAGCACGUUUGCAUUGGCACCGUCAAUUCAACUGCAUUUUUCCUUUCCCCAGCCUGAACACGGGAAGUCCUGGUACAUCCGUACAUCCCUCAUCAACGAGGCGCCAAUUCUUGUAACUAUUAAUAUGCUACUCAGAUUCGGAACCUCAUUUUACAUAACGCUCACAAUGUCUCGUCUCCGCCGGCUAGACCGGGCCAUUCUAACUGAAGCUGCAGAUAUAACACCGCUCGAUUCAGAAGAUCAGGAACAACUUAUAGUACAGCUUGCCAACUACAACGAUACAUCGCUUCGCCUCUUUUUGAAGGUGCUUGUAGGGUCAAUUCUUCUAGAGAUCCCUGUUUCGGUGUUUGCAAUGAAACACUCGGUUGGCGGGACCCGCCCGGUGGCAUUGCUAAUCGUAUGUCACGUGUUGACACUAGUGAACUGCCUCUACGAUUUUAAGCAGCCUUCUGAAACCGCAGCUGCGGGGUCUUUGUGUGCGUAUUUGCUGACAUUUGAUGGACCUCGUUUCAGAUCUCUUGUGUUUGUGUCAACGCAUAUCUUUUCGUUCUAUGGCAUUCUAGUGUUGAAUACGGUAGUACUCAUCCAGCUUUUGUGCCGGGUGUACGCGGCACAUCGCUUUCAGGCGCUCGAUAUGUUACUCGUGCUUCCAGUAGUCAAUUUAGUUGCUGUGGCCUUGAUACGAAAAUGGUAUCGGGACGUAUCGCAGGAGAUCCUUGGUCUCCAUGGCCUCAAAUACAAGUUCAAAACGGCAUGAUCAUGAGGCUAGAAGAUUGAAGCUGCGCGUCGGUUGGCUUCAGAAAUGACUGGCUGCUAAUCCCUUCGUUUCUUACACGGGUUUGUUAUUUUCCAUGUGCUCACAUACCCGAUCACUCAUCAGGGAUCGAUAGAUCUUCCGAGGCUGAUGUGUUCCAGCAGACGUGGUACAUAAUACGCCUGGUAAAGUUGAACUGUGUAGUAACAGGCACGCGGGCCGCCCGAAUUCGGAUG